AUGAUUUUGUCUUCAGGUGAAAGACCAUACAAAUGCCACCUGCCAGACUGUGGCCGCGCCUUCAUCCAGCUAUCAAAUCUUCAACAGCACCUUAGGAAUCACGAUGCCCAAGUGGAAAGAGCCAAAAAUAGGCCGUUCCAUUGUAAUAUCUGCGGAAAAGGGUUCGCUACGGAAAGUAGCCUCCGAACGCAUACAGCCAAGGAGCUUCAGCUGCACCUUGGUGUUUUGCAGCAACAUGCGGCGCUCAUGAUAGGAGGCGCUACAGCCACCCCAUGCCCCAUAUGCCAAAAAGUGGUAUUCGGGGGUGAAGCCCUAGUAGAACACAUGAAGAACACACACAAGGACCCCAACGCAAGCGGCGUUGCCAGCCCACCUGCCACAUCACCGUACCCAGCGCAAGCUAAACCUAUUGAUCCUUAUGUAGCGAAGCGGCGGACUGCAAACCAUCCGUGUCCCGUGUGUGGAAAACAUUACGUCAAUGAAGGGUCGUUGCGGAAGCACCUCGCCUGUCACCCGGAAACACAAUUGACUAGUGGUCUUCGAAUGUGGCCCUGUUCUGUUUGUCAGGCCGUAUUCACCCAUGAAAGUGGUCUCCUCUCCCACAUGGAGCAUAUGAGAAUGGAACCGAAACACCAGUUUGCCGCUCAGUACGUGCUUUCAAGGGCCGCAGCCGAACGGCGAGAAAGAGACAUCCUAGCGGCCGUAUCAGCAUCGGCAGGUGCUUCGGGCUUACUUAAUUUGGCACCACCAUCACCAGCCCAUUCAGACUCAUCAUCAAAUGGCCGACUAUCUUCUUCCGCUGGCUCCGAAGCCGGUGCGGCUGUGAACAAACUAUCAGAUCUUCUACGGUCAAACAACGGCCAUCAGGCGUAUGGUGAUGAGAGAGUAGCUGCAAUAGCAGCAGCCGCAGCAAAUAUGAUGGCACAGCCCGGUGAAGGGUCUAAUGCUGUUCAAGUUGCUGCAGCUAAUUUGGUAACAGCAAUGCGACAGCAAUUGGCAAGAGAACCGCCAGCUCAAACGCCAGAACCCCCACCCGCACCGACUGAAGCCGCAUUACGUAUACAACAGGCUGAAGCAUUGCUUCGAUCGCAAGCUGAAGCACUAAGACUGGCUGUGACUCAGGCCGCUGCAGGCCAUAACAAUGAGAACCCUAGUCCUUUAAGACAUAAUGGAGGGUUUCCUCAACCAAACGAAGUUAGUGGACAGCUUUCCCCUGAAUUGGUAGAAGCGUUCCGAAUCGCGCGAGAACAAAGAUUUGAACAAGCCUUACGAUUACAUGAUCCGAGGAUGUUAGGCUUCAAUUUACCGUCUCCAGUCCAAGCUGCUCAGCAAGCUGCGCAGGCUGCACAAGCCGCUCAAGUCGCCCAGGCGGCCCAAGCGGCACAAGUCGCUCAAGCGGCCCAAGCAGCUCAGGCGGCUCAGGCAGCACAACAAGCAGUCCAACAACAUCACAUGCAAGCCCAAGCCGUUCAAGCGGCACACGCCGCACAAGCAGCACAACAAGCCGCGCAGCAAGCUGUCCACCUGCAACAAAACCCUCAACCGUGA